AGCUCAGCUCACUGACAAGACGCACAACAAGAGAGGGGAGAAAGACGAGAGCUCCCGGGCUCAGUUACACACUCAAGUAACUUCAGACCAGCUCCGAAAAACCAAGAGAAACAAGGGGGAGAAAGAAAAGAACAAAGUCUGGAUUCUGUGACUCUUUUUUGUGGCCUGCCUUGCGUGGAUUUCUCUGUACAUUUUAUGAGAAGCAGCAUUAAUCCCUUUUUUGACUUCCUGUUUUUAUUUAUUUAUUUUGUGAGCAGUUUGGCAUCUUUUAUCCAGACCUCCUCUGCCUUCCUGUUAUCCACCUCCCUGGACUGGAAAAGAUCAAUGGUUUGGGACAUGUGUGUGUGUAUGUAUGUGUGAAGUAGAUGUUUUUAGCAGUGUAUAUGAAUGAACUGAUAAUGUGUGUUUUUGUCUUUUGAAGAUGUGUAGGUCUAUAUACAAACUUUAAAAAAAAAAGUAUUCUUAGUGCGUGUGUGUGUGAGAGAGAGAGUAACCAAAAGCAAAGAGCGGCAGCCUUGGGAGAAGAGAGCCAAGGUGGUGAGAGGUCUUUGAGGCGAGCCCCCCAGUUGUUCCCGUUGUGAGGUGAUCUGAGUUAUGGAUGUUGACGCAUUCCUCUGACGCUGCUGAGGAAUAAACAGCACAGGGGACUACAGCAGAGCCACCGCAGGCUUCACCACCACCACCAGCAGCUGCAUCACCAUCACCCACAAUAUUACCGAUAACUCUACAUCUGCUACUAUAAUCACAUCUACCGCAGACAGAUUGUCUUCAGGAGCCAUUCUACAGGUUUUAACAGCUACAGCUACAGAGGUUGGGGGUCCCCAGACAGAGGAGGUGUAGUCGGUCAGUCAGGGGGAGUUUCUCCCACUCUCAUUCCCUCUCCCUGCACCCAGCUCAGCAUGCCCCAGCCCCUGAGCACCUCCACAGCUCUCUCAGCUCCACUACCAUGUGUAGAUGGACAGUGACACAAGGUGCACCGGUCGCCUGGUUCUCCUCCUGCCCCUUCUGCAGACCUCCUUCACUCCUCCUCUCCCUCACCUUCCUCCUCCUGCUUCUCCUGCUCGGACCCUCCUCGUCCUCACCCCUGGCCACUUUAUCGUCAGACUCUGAAAAUAACCACAAUGCGCCGGGAGGGACUCCUCCUGACAUCUUCAUCUCACGCCCGCCACCAUCCUCGUCACCCCCACCAGUGCACGCAUCCUCUGCGAGGUUGCCACGGGCAACCAAUGUGUCUUCGUCCUCCGCGACUGUCGUCGGGCGCCACGUGCGGAGCAGCUACAACCAUCUACAAGGAGAUGUGCGCAGGAGGAAACUGUUCUCCUACCAGAAAUUCUUCCUACGCAUUGACAAGAAAGGAAAAGUUAAUGGCACCAAAAGCGAGGACGACCCAUACAGUAUUCUGGAGAUCAAGUCGGUGGAUGUGGGAGUGGUGGCCAUCAGGGGCCUCAGCAGUAACUACUACCUGGCAAUCAGCAAGAAGGGAGAGCUAUAUGGAGCGAGGGACUAUGGUCUGGACUGUCGUCUAAUUGAACGUAUUGAGGAGAACAAGUACAACACCUACGCUUCAGCAGAGUGGAAGAACAAGAAGAAGCACAUGUUCGUGGGACUGAACGCCAACGGCAAGCCAAUGAGGGGGAAGAAGACAAGGAGGAAAAACACAGCCACUCACUUCCUGCCCAUUGUGGUACAACCACGAUGAUUGGACAUAUCAGCCUUGAGAGAGCUCUGCAGACUGCGAGGGUAUCAGACUUUAUUUGCAGUUACAGCGAUGGCCACAUUGGACAGAUCUGAAUCAGAUCUGAAUGAUGCACUGAGGAGGAAAUGAAUGGAAACCUAUGGACAUCUCUGUUGGAUAAAGACAUUUCUAUUUUUAAAGAAAGAAAUAAGAUAUAUUGCUAUACAAUGUAUAUAUUAUUUUCAGUUUUAAGUUAUCAAGUACACUGGCACAGUAGAAAAUAUGAAAAGAAAUUACUUCUGUGCCAAAAUGUGAUUAGUAAUUCACAUUUCUAGAUUUGUGUACAUGUGAGGUGCUUGACUGGGAAGAAAUAUGAAGCAGCAUGCAAGAAAGGUAAAGAAAGAAGAGAUGAGGAAGUAUUGAUGGAAAACUGAUAGAAAAGUAGAAGAAAAGUAAAGGGAAAGCAGAAAAUGAAAAGGAUUAGAAAGAGUUAGAGUCAAGAAGCACCAACACAACAGCAAGUCUAACACUAUCAUGUUUUUUUCUUUAAAUUUAUUUAUUUUGUGUAAUAUUUAACAAAAACGAACAAAAACACAAAAAGGACAAACUCUUGUCUUUUUUACCAUUUAUGCUUCUCUUUUUGAAUACUAAUCAU